AUGAAACUCUCAACCGUUGCAAUUAGCGCGUUCGCCUCCUUGGCCCUUGCCCACAAGGAAGUAGCCCCUGGAGUCGUCAAACGCCACGCCGAUCUCUCUAAGCGCUGUGCUUCCGGAGCCGCAAAGUUCAAGCAGAAGCGAUUCGAGAAGCGUCAGGAGGAGGCUAGCCUGAACAAGCGAUCCGGCAACAGCUCUUACACCAUCGUCACCGAGGGCCCCUACUACGACACCCUCCAGAACGACACCUGCGUCCUCGCCCCCGAUGUCACCGCUGGUCCGUACUACUGGCCCCGGUCAGAGACCUUGAGGCAGGACAUGACCGAGGACCAAGUCGGCGUUCCUCUUAUCCUCGACGUCGGUGUUCUUGACAUGGCCACGUGCGAGCCUCUUCCCAACGCCCUUGUUGCGUUCUGGCACUGCAACUCCACGGGCAGCUACUCCAGUUUCACUGGCCGUGAUCCCAACACGGACUUCCGGGAGCUCCUCGAGUCUCUCAAUGUCACCGACUUUGAGAUUGGCACCACGGAUCUUCACACUGAUGACACCACAUGGCUUCGUGGCAUGUGGCCCUCAAAUGAUGAAGGUAUCCUUGAGAUGAAGACCAUCUUCCCUGGUUUCUACAUCCAAAGAUCUAUCCACAUCCACGCUCAAGGUACGCCUGGUAUUCAACUACUCUUUACCGAUUGGGUUCUCCACAGCAACGGCACUGUCAAGACUGGCAACACCAACUCUAUUGGCCAACUUUACUUCAACGAGUCCAUCUCACAGGAGAUCAUGGCCUUGGAGCCCUACGUCAGCCACACCGAGAUCAACCGUACGACGAACGACGUGGACUCUGUUUACUCUUCAGGCCUCGCAAAUGGCUACAACCCCGUCAUCGACAUCGUCCCUCUUGAUGGUAGCGACAUCACCCAAGGCAUGGUCGGCUACAUCACCAUCGGCAUCGACACGGAGAACAGCCCUUCUUUGAGUGGUCCAGAGAGCGAGCAAGGUGGCGGAGGCGGUUCCCCCAGUGGAAGUGCCAUGCCUAGUGGAACCGCGCCGGCAUAA